CUAUCCUAUGUACCGAGUGUUCCUCAGCCUUCUGUUCAAUUUUUUUUUUUUUUGCUUUCCCUGCUUUCCUCUGUUUCCAGACAGGGGAAUAGAAAAUGGCUACGGUAUGGAAUGAGUUACCUUCUUUCUCCACUCUUCUCUCCGCUUAUGCCUCUAUUUCAGCCAUGGCUAUGCUGAUCCGUACCAUCUUAAAUGAAAUGGUCCCAGAAAGGAUGAGAAACUACAUCACCUCCAAAAUUUAUGACUUGACAGCUGCUUACUUUUCACCAGAGUUCACCUUCGUAAUUGAAGACCGAUGGCACGCAAGCGAUAACCAAAUGUUUCGAGCUGCUGAGCUCUACUUGCCAACCAUAAUUGGACCCUCCAGCGACAGUAUUCUUGUAGGUUUCGAUGAGUCAAGUGACCCCACGGAACCACCAAAACGAAGCAUCCCUGUAGAUUGCACGAUCACGGAUGAUUUCCAAGGCAUACGCUUGAAAUGGACUUUAUCUUCAAUUGAAACAAAAAAGUACUAUGUCCCUAAUAAGAGAUUCUUUAGCUUGACCUGCAAGAAAAGUGAUAGAGAAAGAGUUGAGCAAAGAUAUUUCCCUUAUAUCAACAAAACUGCACAAGCGAUUCUGAGCAAGAGUGAGAGCCUCAAUAUUUACACAUACGAUCAAGACUGUUCUAAGUGGGAGCCCGCAGUUUUCAAGCACCCAGCAACAUUUGAUACCCUGGCAAUGGAGCCCGACCUUAAGGAGUUCAUAAUGAAGGAUCUUGACUCAUUCGUGGAACGCAAGGAGUUUUUCGAGAAUGUUGGCAGGGCGUGGAAACGAGGGUACCUUUUGUAUGGUCCACCAGGGACAGGAAAAUCAUCACUGGUUGCUGCAAUUGCAAAUUACAUGAGAUAUAAUGUAUAUGAUCUUCAGUUUCAAAGCGUAAGAAACGAUUCUGAUCUCAGACGUGUACUCACAUCCACCACAAACCGCUCCAUUCUGCUCAUUGAAGACAUAGAUUGUAGCACGAAAGUCACAAAUGAUCGAACCAAGGUCAAGGAAAAUUGUGAAGAAGAAGAAAAUGAUGAACUCAAACAUCCCUAUGGUACCGAUCCUGGGGUAACACUGUCAGGUUUACUCAACUUCAUUGAUGGAUUGUGGUCGAGCUGUGGGAACGAAAGAAUCAUAAUCUUCACCACAAAUCAUAAAGAAAAGUUAGAUCCGGCGCUGCUACGGCCAGGGCGAAUGGACGUGCAUAUUUACAUGGGAUAUUGUAGUCCAGCAGGAUUCAGAAAACUUGCAGCUUCAUAUCUUGGGAUCAAAGAUGACAAACUGUUUGACCGCAUUGAUGAUAUGAUUAAAAGUGUGGAGGUUACUCCAGCUGAAGUGGCACAACAACUAAUGAUCAGUAAUGAACCAAAAGUUGCACUCGAAAGUCUCAUCGAAUUUCUUAACACGAAGAAGGAUAUAGAGGAAGCAGCAGUUGAAGAGAAGGAAAAGAGUAAUAACGAUUAACGAAGAGCAAGAAUCAGAAGAAAAGCAAAUUGAAAGACAAAAUUCAGAGUUUGUCGAGUCUGAAACAAGAUGCAUAUAUUUGACUUAGUUUAGCUAAGUUACGAAUUAAUAAAAGCUUUUGUUUGUUUA